UGGUCUAUAAUCCCCUUGCUUGAGUCCUUCCGUAGCUAGUUCCUUGUCGCUCACACCCAGCCUGACGAGAUCGGUGAGCGGUAAUAUAUCCAUCUCCUCUCUUGAGCAACUAGCAGCCUGACUGAGGCCGGGGCAUCUUCUUCUUGCAGGGGGCCGUGUGGAAUUAAUGGCGGCUAACUGGGAACGACUUCCUGAUGACAGAGCUUGGGUUGAGGUAGAGUAUAUCAACAGCUACGCUGUGUUCAUGGGUUAUCUGUCCAUGGCCAUCAAGGGCCUGGGUUUCUUGGUGCUUACUUGGGCUACCGUUGUACUUCUUGGUGGCUUUGUCUCGAUGCUGCACAAGAAAGACUUUUGGUGUUUAACGUUCAUCACUCUUGUACAGACAGCUGGGAUAUUCGAUGUUAGUCUAAAUGAAAAACUAGGCUAUAUGGGUGAUGCAUUUGGCGGGUUAAUGAUGGCCAUUUUUUCAGGCGUGGCAGGCGAACUGACAAGCUGCGACUGGGGCCCUGUAUUGGCUUAUGUUUGUCUCAUUUUCGUGGCAUUUCUUUUACUGUUGGUUCAACUAGUGGUGUUGGCCAUAAUAUUGAGCCCUCUGGCAAUUAUUUAUGUGCUUGGGAUAUUCAUGUCCGGAGUGGUUUCAUUGUGGCGUCUGAUAGAGCACGAUUACGGGGGCAACUCAGAUGGAGAAGCAUCAAACCUGGCGCCGGCAAUGGAAACCUUGUACUACCUUGCUCUGCUCCAGGGUGUCAUCUUCUGCUAUAGGUUCGUAUUGGGUCGCAUGGGGAAGAGGUUGCCUAAGGCUAUGGGAACUAAAGACUCGGAAGUUCAAGUUGUCCUUCACAACUACUUGUGCGAAACAAGGAGAGGGUGUGAGAAGGACCUGACCUUUGCUGAAGGAAGGAACCUCAUCACAUAUGCUGUAGACAAGAUUGGAUCCAAUUCACCUGUUGAUUGCAUUUCUGGGGUAAAGAUCUUAUAUGCAGCCAUAUGCAUGGUGGAGAGCCAAUAUAGUCCGCAUGAUUUCACUGGGCAGCGCUUAUUAAUGAAACAUUUGGUCUUGUAUGCAUCAUCCUCUCGACAUGUACUACCGAUACUGCUAGAGACGUUGGAUUCAAGAGGCAUGCAUAAUACAGAGAGGAGAAACCAGGCCGCGAAGAUAGUGGAGCGACUUGCAUUCUGCAUUAAUUUGGAGCAGUUUCCUCGGGGUAUUCAACACAUAUCUUCCCUAAUUGGGACACCUGAACAAUACAGUAUAGCCGAGCCGUAUCCUAGUUCCAAGUAUGAAUAUGAGCAGAAUUUGAAACUACAACUUACUCGUUGGCGCCCUUCACCAGCCAAUGAAUUUGGGGGGGCCUACAAGGAGUUGUUGUUACAAGGCCUAUCUAUCCUCCGGAAUCUUGCCGCCGACGAAAUCAACUGCAGAAUCAUGAGCGAAACUCGAGAUCUGGUCUCUAAGAUCAUGGCGCCUAUCACUUGUGACCUACUCGACCACACCACCAAAGAUCAUGGGACAUGGUUCGAAGUAGUAGAUCGAUCAAUGGAAGUGAUGAGCCAAUUAACCGGUGCUCAAGGAGAAACUGGGGCCAAGCUAUGUCGUGAAAUAUCAAGCUGCACAAAAGCAAUCGACACUCUCUGGAGGAUUCUUAGUUGUAAAAAGUGUAAAGAAGUGUUGCGGCAAAGAGCCAUUUGGAUUCUCACACGAUUAUACAGGGAUACCGACGGAAUCAACAGAUCAGCUGGUUUUGAUCUUCUCAAAAAAGAAAAUAGUUACUCCAAAGAAGAUUUUGUUAGGAUGCUAGUGAACAUCUUCACUCACAGUAACGAGUAUACCAACUCCAUCAGAGGAUGUGCAGGAGAAGCAUUGUCGGAGAUAUGUUUCCGUGGUGGAAUUAGUGAUGCCACAGUUGUGAUACAAACAAGUGGUGAUGUUGUUGAUAUUCUCACUCAAGUACUUCUAAAUACUAAAAAGGAUGAGACAUGCAAACAAGCAGCAGCUGAGAUCCUUGAGCAUCUAUGUACUCAUGACACCAAGGAUGAUGAAUACCUUUGCAAACUCAAGAAAGCAGUCCUCGAGGUGAUUGGAAAAAUGUUUUGUUGCGGGGACAAAACACAUAAUGGAAAAGAUAUAGAAAGCCAAUGUGAUGGCACACAAGAAAACAAUGAGCAGGACAAAAAGGACGAAGGAUUCCAGGUGGAUGCACUCUCAAAUAUGUCAAUGAACUUGCUAUCGUCAUUGUUAUCCCUUUGUGGGACUGUCUACGACACGAAGUUGAUCACUGAUUUGGCUCCUUGGUUGGACACAUCUAGCUUUCUAAACAAGCUCAAGGACAUAGUACUGGAGAAAAGCGAGCCCGUCAUUGAAAACCUGUCGUUGUGCAAGGCUAUGACUAAGAUGGUUAUAUUAAUGUUGGAAUACUACAACAGUAGGUUCUUCAGACAAGAGGACUUCAGGAGCUUGAUAGAGACGCUCUCUAGUGCUUCUGAGAACAUGCUAAAUCUUGACUACUACACGAUUUGUUCUUCCGCAAGCAGCUCCAAAACCAUAUUGAAGCUUGACACGCGCACUCUCGCGUCACUCGUGAGAGAAGUUAAAGAACUGCAUGCCAUGGUACCAUCUACCUCUUUCAGUGGCUGAUUGGCAAUCAAGUUUAGAUACUUACUGUAUAUAUUUGUAUUCACUGGUUGGUUUUGUACUGUAUGAAGACUCUACAUAUGCAUUGUGUGCUCCAUCCAUAU